UUGAAACCAAAGAGUCCAAGCCCACUGGCACAGGGCCAAAGUCAAUGACAUGGAGGAGGAGGGUGUCCAGGCCUGUGGUGGGAGAAGAAGAUAAGGAAGAGAAAAAAGAUGGAUUCCCAGAGAGCCAAUCUCUGACACAAGGGCAGAGACUACCCUUUCCUUGUGGGCAUCAUGGACCAAGAGGCACUGGCACCAUGAACAACAGACACACCCAGGAUCUGGCACACUCAGAGCCCUUGGCACUGCUUGGGGAAGAAGUCUUGGCCAGUGGGCCCGCACCUUCCAGUGAUCUUGACCUUCUUGAAGAACCUCGAAGACCAAAAAGGUUGCAAAAACCACAGCCACAGCAACCACUUGGAGCAGAGGGUUGUCCUUGGUGCUGCCAUCUACAGAAGGAAAUAAGCUGCUUGAAACAACACUGUGCGGCCUUGCAGUCCCUGAUCGAGAAGCUCCUGAGACAUUAAUGUGGAACCAGACCCUUCAGCCAAGAACAGCAGUUGGUACCCUGGAGCUGGGGAACCCUGGCCAAGCUGGAUUCUUCCUGUUCCACUUCAGCCAGGGCUUCCUCGUAC